AUGUCUAUGUCCGUCGAAGAUGCCACUAAAGUGCGAGAGGGUUUUCCUAAACCUUUUCCCAAUAUUCCCAACAAUGUGGUUGAGCAGCUUCGCUUGAAUGGAAAGGUCCUCGUUGUCAAUGGAGCUGCCGAUGGUCUAGGGUAUGCGGUAGCUGAGGGCUACGCUGAGGCAGGCGGAAAUGUUGCGCUUUGGUAUAACUCGAAUGACGCUGCCGUUGAAAAGGCUCGACUACUCUCAGAGCAACAUGGAAUCAAGGCAUCCGCUUACAAGGUCGACGUAUCCGACUCACAGCAGAUUCAAGAUGCCCUAAAGGCUGUUCUUGAAGAUUUUGGCAAGAUCGAUGUCUAUGUUGCAAACGCGGGCGAGUGUUUCCUGGCCAUGGAUCAUGGUAUUCUGGAUAGAGCUAAUAAAUCGGUGAUAGGCAUGGCAAUUUCAAAACCCAUCCUUGAGCAAACUCUGGAAGAAUACAGGAAACAGAUGUCGGUGAAUGUUGACGGAGUUGUAUUCUCUGCCAAAUACGCCGGUGCGAUUUUCAAGCGUCAGGGUUUCGGAAACUUCAUUAUCACCUCCAGCAUGAGUGCUCAUAUCGUCAACGUGCCAACUGAUCAGCCAGUCUAUAACGGGAGCAAGGCCUUUAUAACACACUUUGGAAAGUCUCUUGCUAGGGAAUGGCGCGACUUUGCUCGUGUGAACAUCGUAUCUCCUGGUUUCUUUGAUACAAAGAUGGGUGCGAGCCCUGAGGCGCUCAAUGAGGCGUAUCGCAUGGCUGUUCUUGGAAGACAGGGACAUGUCAAGGAGAUCAAGGGUCUUUACUUGUACCUUGCUAGCGAUGCUUCAACUUAUAUGACUGGAAGCGACCUGCUGAUUGAUGGAGGCUACGUGUUGCCUUAA